UAUAAGCAAUUUCCAACUUUUAAUUUUUCUUAAAAUUAUUUUUCCCCUCAGACGUUUGUUUUUGCCAAAUACAUCUUAUCAUUAGUAUAAUUAUGAUAUUUUGUUUUGGAUAACACUUGAAAAAAGCGAUGAAAAAGCGAUGAAGCGAUGAAAAAGCGAUUUCGUCAAUUUAAACCUGCAUAGCAGUUUAAUUAAGUAUUCCGUUCCAGUUCAUUUGUUGCACAGACUCGAUGGCAUCACAUUAUCCAUCCUUUACCAGCCUCCUUGCCCGAUCAUCAGCCGGAGAUUUCGACGACCUUUUUGCAGGUGACGCCCUCGUCAAGCCCGGCUACAGUCACCAGUCUGACGUCGUCAACUUAACCACUACGUAUCUUUGGAAGAUCGACAACGCCGCCCUAGUUAUGAAGAACCGUCUCGGUCUCACCGGCUCCCUUUUCCAAGGCCCUGCCGACACCACCUGGCGCCUGUGUCUGCACUGGGGACCGGCGCGCAAAGAUCCCCGCACCCGGCACCUCCGCAUCCGUUUAACUUACGUUGGCAACAUUGGCAGCCAGCUGCGUGUUCAAGCCGGCUACGAAGUGUAUAAAUCGGAACAGGACUUCCGCCGCGGCGCAGUCGACCUCGACGGAUCGGUAUACAGCCUGCGCAAUGACGCCGGAGAGGGUGACACCCAGUCAGUGGAGUGGCUGCACCAUAAGAAUGUGGCCAACAUGCUCAGUGCUGCCGUUCUCCCGGGUGGGGCGCUUUUCUUGGGAGUAAAGAUAAGGUUGUUGCCGGCGUUGGCCACGGUGUCUGGUGUACGGUCGGUGUCGUCGAUUCACGAAGUGCCGCAGUGGGAUUUGGCGCUGGUGGGGAGGGACGGACGAAAGGUUACGGUUCACCGAGCCCAUCUGGCGGACUGGAGCCCGCAAUUGCGGCAGGUGUGCGACAGUCUGGACAAUGAAUGGAAAAUGGAGCGCUUCGAUUGCUCGACAUUGCAGGCGCUCAAGGAAAUGUUGUACAAAGGAGAUUUCGUGGAAGGCGAUGUUCAAGGGUGCGGUUGCGAGCUCCUAGAAUUCGCAAUACAGUAUAGCGUCAAUGAUCUUUUGUCGCGAGUGUGCGAUUACUUGGGGCGAAACUUGUGGCGGGAAGGGAUUGUUAAAGUAUUUUCAUUGGCGGAUGCAAAUGAUAGAUUUGAAGCGUGUGCAGUAUUGAGGAAUGCUGCUGCAAAGGUCAUGCAGCAUAAUCUACCUGCUAUUUUUACCGGAGCGAAUCUGUCAGAUGACGUGAUAAACUCGAUCAAAAUACGAGUUGCCGAAUUAACAAUACGGAACGAAUGACAAAAUUUGCUUUCAACAGUUGACAUUUACUCGCAUCUCAGCGGCCGAUUCAAAAUGCACAUAAGCCCGUGCAGCAUCCGCUGGGUGGUAGACAUUCUGUACAGAAAAAUUUCUAUCGGUCGGAUGCACAUCACAGUGAACUUCGGGAUUCGUAUCGAACGUUGACUCGGUGGUUGUUGGUGCAUCCACCACAUCGGAACGUGUGGGCGUCGCUUCCGUCAGUUGAACGCUGGGAUCGGGAACGACGCUGGGCACUUGGAGCACGUUGAUCUGACCUCCGGAGUACUCGAUGCCCCGACCGGCCAGAAUAAAGGACGAAGCAUUCUCCGUAGAGAAAAAGCUACCGUCGUUAGCGGCGGAGAUGGUUCCGUUGGCGCCGCUCAUCCCCGAAGUCACCGUUAUGACCGAGCCGUUGUCGUGGAAGCUUGACACCGUCGAGAACUCCUCGAAGGUGUCAACAAAGCGGACGGAGCGGAAGCUACGCGAAGUUGUCCCGAUACGCUGCCGGAAGAGGCGGGCGAUCUCCGCUUCGGUGGCGUUGAGUGUCCGCUGCAUGCGCCGACGCUGCACCGCCGCCUCUCGAUCGGCGUCCGUGGUGAAGACACCGGGUGGGUGGUGGUUCUGUACCGCGGCUUUGCGCAAUGCUGUCUCACUGAGGCUCUGCACGUCCCGAGUGAUGGGAUCCGUGAGGACCAGCGAAUCCUUGGCUAUCACAUUUCCAUAUUUGAGGUUGGCACUCUCGCAUUCGUACGAAUAUCCGAUCAGUUGCAGUUUACUGGAUGGUGAAAGCGGCUUUGGCUUGAUGCGGCUGUCUAGAGCGGCCGAGCUGGAAGGAAAGAAGGAUUUGUCGUUCUGGCUGGCAGCCGUCCGGGGCGGGCGGUUGGCAGAAUCGCCUUGAGCAGCAAAAAUGACGGUAGGCGUGACCGUCGCGGAUGGUAUUUGGUACAGGGACGGCUGGAUGGAUUGUGUCACGGCUGGAGCGACGAGUGCCGGAUCCAGCUCUCUGCUAGCGGAAAAGGUCACCUGCUGCUUCAGCCAGGAUAAUCCCCGGUUGAAGUGUUUGCGACCUUCCUAAGGAAAGGGCUUUCAGAUCGAUGAUUCCUUGUGUAACUUGCAUUUGAUGAUGCAUCGUUUUAAGAGUGCAAAAAUUGAUAAUGAAUUGUCGCUGCAGAAAAAAUUUCCUACCCUAGCAAAAUGAAUUCGAAAUUGUCGUAAACUGUACUGUAGCUGAAAUAUUUACACCCUUCAGUUACGAAGAAAUUUGAGUUAUAUCGUACAUAAACAUAUUUUUAUUGAAAAGUUGGAUAAACUGAAUAA